AUGAGUGAUCCAGAACCCUGCAGAAUUAAACAGGAAGACACUGAAGAACUAAUAGAUGUGAUGGUGAAGGAGGAGAGUGAAGAACUGAGCGAAGAUGAGGAGAAACAUGUCAAGAGGGAAGAAAAAACUCAAUCAAAGACUGAACGUAGUGUUUCAGUGAAAAGAAAAGCUGUGAAAAGUUUCACCUGCACUCAGUGUGGAAGGAGUUUCUUGCGUAGAAACGCUCUCAAGCUUCACAUGAGGAUCCACACUGGAGAGAAACCUUUCAAGUGUUCACACUGCGACAAGAUAUUUAGACAUUCUGGAAACCUGAAAACACACGUGAGGAUUCACACUGGAGAGAAACCGUAUCACUGCACCGCUUGUGGGAAGAGUUUCACACAAUCAUCUUCUCUACGAAAACACAGAAAAAACAAUCACAAUGUGAUGGAGGACAGUGAAGAACUGAGCAAAGAUAAAGAGAAAAAUCAGGUCAAAAGUGAAGAAAUAACUCAACCAAAAACUGAACAUGGUCUUUUAAUGAAAAGAACAGCUGUAAAAUAUUUGACCUGCACUCAGUGUGGAAAGAGUUUCAAGCACAAGUACAAUCUCAAUAUUCACAUGAGGAUCCACACUGGAGAGAAACCGUACAAGUGUCCGCACUGCGACAAGAGAUUCUAUCAUUCAGGGCACCUGAAAACACACGAGAGGAUUCACACUGGAGAGAAACCGUAUCGCUGCGCUGAUUGUGGGAAGAGUUUCUCAGAUCCAUCAUCUCUACGAACGCACACAACUAACUAUCACAACUUGACGAUUAAGGAGCCACAUUCCUGCUCUUUGUGUGGAAAGAGUUUUAAAAAGCGGUCACAUUUAAGGCAACAUCGGAUGAUCCACACUGGAGAGAAACCACACACAUGCACUCAGUGUGGGAAGAGUUUCAGACAACCAUCAAACCUUGUUCAACACAUGACGCUCCACACUGGAAAGAAACCGCACAAAUGUGAUCAUUGUGGCAAGGCAUUUUUGAGACCUUCACAGCUGAAGACCCAUCUUAGAAUUCAUACAAAGGAGAAGCCUUACUCGUGUUCUGAGUGUGGAAAGAGUUUUACAUAUAAACAAAGUUUAUGUCUACAUCUGCAGAUCCACAGUGGCGUGAGAGAGUUUGUGUGCUUUGAGUGUGAGAGGACUUUUAUUAAAGCUGGAGACUUGAAACGACACGAGAGGAUUCACACCGGAGAGAAGCCUUACAAGUGUUCACACUGCGACAAGAGAUUUGGUUUGCCUGAAUGCCUGAAAAGACAUGAGAGGAUUCACACUGGAGAGAAACCGUUCACAUGUACUGAGUGUGGGAGAAGUUUCAUACAGUUAUCACACCUUCAUCAACACAGGCUCAUCCACACUGGAGAGAAACCACAUAGAUGUGAUCAAUGCAGCAAAACAUUUUCGAGGGCUUCAGAGCUGAAGAGCCAUCUUAGAGUUCAUACAAAGGAGAGGUUGCAUGUGCUUUCAUAGGGUGCUUUCACACCUACACUUUUGUUUCGGAACGUGUCUCGUUUGCCCAGUUAGCGCGGUUUGUUUGGCAUAUGUGA